CGGCUGGCUGGGUUCUGGGCGGGCUCCCCGCCGCUGGGAUUUCGGAACUAUGGCGAAGUACGGGAAGGAGCAGGAUGCCCAGAGCGUGGCUGCAUUCACGGUGUUAAAGCGGGCGAUGGAACUGGACUCGGAUUCCCGGUACCAGCAGGCCCUGGUGUGUUACCAGGAGGGGAUUGACCUGCUCAUGCAGGUCCUGAGAGGUACCAAAGAUGAUACAAAGAAACGUAAUCUCCGAAAACAAAUUUCUGGCUACAUGGAUAAAGCAGAAAUAGUAAAGAAAUAUUUGGAUCAAGAAAAAGAAGAUGGAAAAUAUCAUAAGCAGAUUAAAAUAGAAGAGAAUGCAACUGGUUUCAGUUAUGAGUCACUUUUUCAACAAUACCUUAAUGAAACAGUUACAGAAGUUUGGAUACAAGAUCCUUACAUUAGACAGAUUCAUCAGCUAUAUAACUUUCUUCGAUUUUGUGAGAUGCUUAUUAAGAAACCAUGUAAAGUAAAAACUAUUCAUCUUCUCACAUCUCUGGAUGAAGGUAGUCGGAAACAGCAGCAAAGUAGUGGCCUGCAAGAAAUAAAAGAGUCACUCCAAGAUCAUGGAGUGCUGUUGGAAUUAGAAUAUUCUUCUUCAGUACAUGACCGAGAAAUUAGGUUUAACAAUGGAUGGAUGAUUAAGAUUGGAAGGGGACUCGAUUAUUUUAAGAAACCACAGGUUCAGGUGCUGGUAAUGCUGAACCUGAAAAGACUCAAACCAGUGUGCCAAGCUUUAUUAUAUGGAAAUUCAGGGUCUCAGGAGAGCAAGUAUUGGACCUAAUCAGAAGUUAAUUUUCUGCAAAGUAUUGUAGCUUAUUUUGCCAGGUACCUAUCAGCAUGUGGAAGUAGAGUGGCUUUUCAUUCAGGUGAGAACAUGUAUUAGACUUUCUUAUUUUCAUUGUAAAAUAACCACUCUGAUUUCUGCUAGAGCAUAUGUAUCUAUCACUGUAGAGAUUCAGCAGUCCACAACCCUGUGAAAUUAACUUUUAUCCAACCCAUAUAGGAAUCCUGCCUAAGAGAUAUUGGUAUUUAAGGAAGAGUGCCUAUCCAUUAUUUAUAAUAAUGGAUAAAGCAAUAAUGCUCUCCAUUAUUCUAUAUAUUUGAAAUCUAUCCCCAGAUCCAAUUAGAACAUCAGAAGACUACUAGAUGUAAGUUACUCAUUAAAUACAUCAAGAAAUGUGCAAGAACUCUGUGAGUAAACUAAACUUUAUGGAGGAUUGUAAAAGGAAAGUAGGGAAAAACAAAUUAUAUUCUUGGAUGGGAAAGAUUAAUAAAAUAUCAUUUCUCCCUAAGUUAAUUUUAUAAAUUAAUUGACAGAGACUAAUGCUAGGAA